ACACCGGCAAGUUUGAAGUACAAGAUCAGUCACUUUGCACUUGCAGAUAAGUUGCCAAAGUUAUUCAGGGAAGCUAACAUCCUAUAUUGGGCAAAGGCUUUGCUAGGUCUGGUCUACAACUUUAUUGACCAUGCAGUGGCAAGUGCGUCUGAGUUCAUAUUUCCUGUGUCCACUUUGUUGAAGCUGGUCUGGCACUAUCUUACUAUCAAGAUAGUAGCAAGCCUACAUCAAAGGCUGCAUUAG